GAACCGGGUGGGGACGGAUUCCCGUCCUGCAAGGCUGGCAGCCCAUGCAAAGGGGAUGGAAGAGAUGCAGGGGUCAGUCCAGCUCCGAGAGCUCCCGGGGCCAGGACCCUGUCACCCUCUGUUGCCCUCUGGCUUGGCUCCCCCUCCACCUACCCCUUCCUCAUCCAUCUCAUCCUCUCCCACUCCUUCCUGGCUCCCUUCCCUGCCUCUCCGAGGGUGGCUCUCUGUUCGUAGACUCCCUCCUCUCUGCCCCAACCCUCCACCUGCCUCUCCAGAUCUGUCUUCCUCUCUACCCUCCCUCCCCCAUGGGGGCUUCCCGGCCACCCCUGAUCUCUUGCUCACUGUCUCCACUCCCCUCCUCCUCUUCUGUCUCCACCUUCCCUGUCCUCGCCAUCUCUCUCCCUGCAGCUCUCUCCUCUUUGCCCCCAAGUCUCCGUCUCCUAUCUCUCCUCUUUCUUCUCCCUGCCUGCCCCUAAGGUCUCCCUGGCUGUCCCUCCUUCUCUACAAUGUCUGUCUCUGUUUCUCCUCCUCCUCCUCCUCCUCAUCAGCCUCCUUCCCCACCCCCACCCUGACUCUGGGCAGCCACAACACUCUCCCCCGCCAUAUCUGGCAGGACUGACCCAUUCCCUCUCAGCACUUUCACCACCACCUCCUCCCGCGGCCAGGCGCCAGCCCCUCGCCUCCAGGCUUUGCCACUUUAGGACUCUGCCUGUCCCUGGGCCAUUCUGACACCACCCAGCCCACUUGGCCCUCAGCCUCACCCUCCCUCAGACUUUCUCUCAGGCCCCUGGUUCUCCCUUCUGGAGCCUCUCUGGGUCCCCCGUCUGUCUCGGCAGCCACCCCUGCAUUUUUCCCACUGUCUCACCAGAAAACCAGCCAUAACAUGCCAAAGCCCCAGCUCUCAGAUUUGCCUCUUCCCCUCCUCCUCCCUCUCCUCCUCCCUCAGCCCCGCCCAAGCCCCUCCCGGCCCCUGGGGCCCUCCCAGCCUCCUGCUCCCCUCCCCUCCCCGCCCCUCUGGACUGGCUGGGCUGGGCUGAAGAACAACGACUUCACCACCGCACCGACUAGGGCAGAAGGGCGGGAGCCGAGGGAGGGCUGGACCAGAAGCCCUGGGGUGCCAGAGCUGGCGGGAGCCGGACCCAGAGCUUCUGUAGCCACCCGUCCCUGGGCCAGGUCAUGCGCUGCCCCAAAUGCCUUCUCUGCCUGUCAGCGCUGCUCACGCUCUUGGGCCUCAAAGUGUACAUCGAGUGGACUGCCGAGUCUCGGCUUAGCAAGGCCUACCCAGGACCCCGGGGCACCCCGCCAGGCCCCACUCCAUCCAGCCCUGAGCCCACCCUGCCGGCUAACCUCUCAGCCCGUCUGGGUCAGACUGGCCCACUGCCCUCGGCUUACUGGAACAUGCAACAGUGGCGGCUGGGGGCCCUGCCCAGUGGGGACAGUGCUGAGGCGGGGGACUGCCGGGCUUGGGGGGCUGCUGCUGCCGCCGAGAUCCCCGACUUCGCCUCCUACCCUGAGGACCUCCGCCGCUUCCUGCUGUCAGCAGCCUGCCGAAGCUUCCCACGGUGGCUCCCUGAAGGUGGCAGUGGCCAAGUGGCCAGCUGCACAGAUAUGGAUAUUCCCUACCUGCUGUUGGCUGUCAAGUCGGAACCAGGGCGUUUUGCAGAACGGCAGGCUGUGAGGGAGACGUGGGGUGGUCCGGCUCCCGGUAUCCGGCUGCUUUUCCUGCUGGGGUCCCCAGCAGGUGACAGGGGGCCUGACCUAGGCUCCUUGGUGGCCUGGGAGAGCCACCGCUACAGUGACCUGCUGCUCUGGGACUUCCUUGAUGUCCCCUUCAACCAGACGCUCAAGGACCUGCUGCUGCUGGCCUGGCUGGACCGCCACUGCCCCGGCGUGAGCUUUGUCCUGCAAGCUCAGGAUGACGCCUUCGUGCACACCCCUGCCCUGCUGGACCACCUGCGGGCCCUGCCACCCAGCUGGGCCCGAGGCCUCUACCUGGGUGAGGUCUUCACCCAGGCCAAGCCCCUCCGGAAGCCUGGAGGACCCUUCUACGUGCCCGGGUCCUUCUUUGAAGGUGGCUACCCGGCCUAUGCAAGUGGGGGUGGCUAUGUCAUCGCUGGGCGCCUGGCACCCUGGCUGCUGCAGGCAGCAGCCCGUGUGGCACCCUUCCCCUUCGACGACGUCUACACCGGCCUGUGCUUCCGUGCCCUGGGCCUGGUGCCUAGGGCUCACAAAGGCUUCCUCACAGCCUGGCCAGCAGACCGCACCGCUGACCCCUGUGCUCUCCGAGACCUGCUGCUGGUGCGGCCCCUUGGCCCCCAGGACAGCAUCCAGCUCUGGAAACAGCUGUGGGACCCUCAACUCCAAUGCUGAGCCCUCUGGCCUGGGCCCUGGGUGGGGCCUCUGUGCCUGCCCCUUGCUCAGCCUCUCCUUCUAGGCUUUGGUGUGAGGAAGGAGAUCCUAGAAUUGCACAGCCUGAGUCCCUCCUGGGCCCCCCCAGGCCAGGAGGCUGGGCAGCAAGAAGAGGCAGACUAUUUCUGUCUUACUUUUUGUUUUUGAAAAAUAUGCACUGCCUGCUCUGA